ACACAGGAGCGGGGCUGGAAAUUUCCGUCGAGCUUCGAUCACAGACUCUUGCGUGCGUGCUGCUUUUAAAGAUCAUGUCCUCAGUGGCUCUCGACAUUAUCGCUGAGACCAAAAGGCGUAGUCUAAACAGGGACAUCAAACCGGACUCGCCAAUUAGAGGCAAGAUUGGAAAGUGUACGAUUCACCACGAGUCAGAAUUUAAAGCGCUCUGGGACUGGUUUGUCCUCGCUCUGGUGCUUUACAUUUCAAUUGAAAUCCCAUAUGAAGCGGCAUUCUUCCAGAAGGAAGCGCGACGUAAAGGAGUAUGGGAAAAAAUUUCCUCGGGGGAGCCCCGUGAGGUGGUGAACCUUUUGGUCGACUUAAUGUUCAUCGCUGACAUACUGAUAAAUUUCCGGACGACUUACGUGGACACAACAUCCGCAGUAGUGAUCAGCGCACCCAAGAGGAUCGCCGUUCAUUAUCUAAAGACUUGGUUUACGAUAGAUUUUGUGUCCGCCAUACCAUUUGAUUACUUCAUUCCGGACGAGUUUGAAGGGGCUGCUACUGUCGCUGGUCUGUUGAAAACUGCUCGUCUCCUUCGUCUCGUCCGAGUCUCCCGCAAAAUGGAUCGUUAUUCUGAAUACGGUUUAGCGGUCGUUUUCCUGCUGACGUCUCUUUUCACUCUUGUUGCCCAUUGGCUGGCUUGUAUCUGGCACGUAAUUGGCAGGGAAGAGAUUGGAGUCCCGUAUGGUUGGAUUCAACUUUUGGCGGGAACAUUAAACAAACCGAUAAAUGAAUCAUUGCCGGGAAGCGGACCGGGGGCUGGGACCCGAUACAUCACAGCUUUGUACUUCACGUUAACCAGCCUGACGAGUAUCGGAUUUGGGAACGUUGCUCCUAACACCGACAAUGAAAAAAUAUUUUCUGUUAUAACGAUGUUGAUAGGAGCUCUAUUUUACGCGGUGAUCUUUGGAAACUUAACGGCCAUCAUACAACGCCUUUACUCCCGUUCAGCCCGAUAUCAUGGAGAUAUGCGAGUCGUUAAGGAAUUUAUUUCCUUAUAUAACAUACCAGAAUCCCUUCAAGGGACCCUCCGAGAAUACUUUACCAUGGAACAAGCGGCAACUAAAGGGAGUGAUAUCGAGUCGAUCAUGUACCGCUUUCCUGAAUCACUUCAAGCCGACAUUAGAGUUCACAUAAACCGCCAGGUGUUUGAAGAAUUUGAGAUUUUUCGUGGAGCAAGUGAAGGCAGUCUCCGCGCUCUCGCCAAGGCAUUUCGUGUCGAGAUGUUUCCUCAACAUCACUUCCUGUUGAAGGAAGGCGACCAGGUCACUAAGCUUUAUUUCAUUGUGUCCGGCACUGUGGAUGCCAUACAGAGUCAACAAAGUAUGAAGUUUCUGGGUCCGGGAGAGAUUGUUGGUUGUAACGUGACAUCGUUUCAAAGAAGGCCUGGUCACUCUUUUAAAUCCAAAGCUAACCUUGUCUCCAAGGUUAAUUCCCAGGUCCAUCUCAUCGAAUGGCAGGAUCUUCUGCGAAUCACAAGAGUGUAUCCUGAAAUCAGGGAACGCGUUAUGGAACAGAUGGAGCUAUCUUAUGACCUGGAUUCUACAGAAAUGGAACAUAGAGAUUCCAGGGCAGGAGAUCGAAAACAAGACUGCGUCGACUUAAUCCAAAUGCCCGCCGAUGAAAACAGUGCUCAAGUUUUAGCUCUCCGACGACGAAGGUCACGGUCUAAUACUGUGGAAGAAUACUCCAACACAAGCGACCGCACAUCAAGUGAAUAUCAGAUCAACAGAGAGCUGUUUACCACCAAUAUAGAUGUACAGCAAUUAGAAGCAAGGCUAGGACAUAUAGAAGAUUUAUUGAUCAAAAUUGCCAAGUCCUUAAACAUAAAAGACGGCGUGAUACCUAAAAGCCAAUCAACUAAUGACUUGUUUGCUAGUACUUCGUACGUGUAACUAGGUUCCCUAAGGGACCAGUUAUAAUUUAUUCAUUGGGGGAUGGCUUGGGGUCAGAGGAAAUGAGGGGAUCAUGGGUCACAUGGCUUUCGGGGGAAACGGAAGGGGAAUCAGUCGUCGUUAACAGAGUAUGAAGGCGGGCGGGGACUAUAGAAAAUUAUUGCCAAUGAGGUUGAACUAUAGGAAUACUAAAGAGCCUUAGGGGGAGAUUAGGUGAUUUUUUUUUUUUUUUUACGUGACGCAACCAAAAUCCCCUCCCCCACCCCUGAUGCAAUGAAUAACGACUACACGUACACGUUACUUACUUGGUUACUUAGUCUCACACGUUACAAAUUUGAUGUGUAUAAAAAUCACACCAUAUUGAAAUACUAAUGAAUUUUUAUUGUACUAUGACCGUUUUUGUUGACCAUUAAGUCAAUUUUUUAUGAUACUUUCCUUUUCUGAAGAAGGACACAUAGAGUGAUAAACGAAAGGCAACCUGAAAAUCUAGUCCAAAUAUUUCUUCUCUCUCAAAAUCGGCUCUGUAUAGUUUUCAAAACUGAAAGAUUGUAUAAACACCUCUUUUAUGAGUGUAAAAUCAACUUAGCAGCUGGACUCAAUGAACACCUACUAAGUAGGGACCUUUUUCAACAGUGACGGCGAUGUAACUUACGUGUAGCCGUACCCUCCCUCCCAAGGUGAAACGUUACCUCGCCUCCGUUUCAUCUUGGGGGAGGAGAGGGUACGGCGACACGUAAGCUAACGGCGAUGGCAACGAGGACGAGGCAAAACAAAUGGUCUUUUGCGUAGAACAAUGGCUCAGCGCGUAGGAACAUUUUUUGGCCUUCCUCAGCAAAUCACCAUAAUUUGCGUGGUCUUCGAAGGGGAAAUCUCUACGACAAAUUAUUUAAGUUUCCUACACCUACUCUGGUUGGUGAUGCUGUAGUUGAGGUGUAGUACCGUAAGAGAUUGCAAACACACGCAACCAUUUGCAAAAUUGUGAAUUAAAAUACAAUUUCAUUUUUUAAACAACGUCUACCUCAGCGUUUCGGUCUUGAUAGCUAAAGGUCCCUAAUGAUGAUUCACUCUUACGACCUCUUUUUACUCACACGACAUAUAUUCCUAUUAUAUCGAACAACUACUUGUUUAACUAAAUAGUUAGCUUUUCUCCUGCUUUUUAUGCGUGCUACAGGUAUAUAAUGGCACACA